GAGAGAGAGAGAGAGAGUGAGAGAUGGAUUUGAUAGCGGGAGAGAGCUCGAAGGUGUUGAGGAAACAAGGUUUCAGGUCGCUGAAACUGAUGAGUGUGGACAUGGAACAAGAACUCGGUAACGAGCUUGAGCCAUUCGGGGCUGAUUAUGGAAGACUCGAUAAUGGUCUCAUCUACUAUGUUCGCCGGAACUCCAAACCAAGAAUGAGAGCCGCUCUAGCUCUCGCCGUUAAAGUCGGUUCAGUUUUGGAAGAGGAGGAUCAGCGUGGAGUUGCUCAUAUAGUAGAGCAUCUUGCAUUUAGUGCUACAACGAGAUAUACAAAUCAUGAUAUUGUCAAGUUCUUAGAGAGCAUUGGAGCAGAGUUUGGGCCCUGUCAAAACGCAAUGACUACAGCGGAUGAGACUAUUUAUGAAUUGUUUGUCCCUGUUGAUAAGCCUGAAUUGUUAUCUCAGGCUAUUUCCAUUUUAGCAGAGUUUAGCUCCGAGAUUCGAGUCUCAAAGGAAGAUUUAGAGAAAGAAAGAGGGGCUGUUAUGGAAGAAUACCGAGGGAAUCGGAAUGCUACUGGAAGGAUGCAAGAUUCACAUUGGCAGCUGAUGAUGGAAGGUUCAAAGUAUGCUGAACGUUUACCCAUUGGGUUGGAGAAAGUGAUUCGAUCUGUUCCUGCUGCAACUGUGAAGCAAUUUUACCAGAAGUGGUAUCAUUUAUGCAAUAUGGCAGUUGUGGCUGUUGGAGAUUUUCCAGAUACAAAGACUGUAGUUGAUUUGAUAAAGACACAUUUUGAGGAUAAAAGAUCAAGUAGCGAGCCUCCACAGAUACCAGUGUUUCCUGUUCCUUCUCAUGAAGAGACGCGGUUUUCUUGCUUUGUUGAGUCAGAGGCAGCUGGGUCUGCAGUAAUGAUCAGCUAUAAGAUGCCUGUAAGUGAUCUGAAGACAGUGAAAGAUUAUAGGGAUAUGCUUGCAGAAUCAAUGUUUCUACAUGCUCUAAACCAGAGACUCUUCAAAAUAUCUCGUAGGAAGGACCCUCCAUUUUUUGCGUGUUCUGUUGCUGCUGAUGUCCUGGUGAGCCCUUUGAAGGCCUAUAUAAUGAGUUCGUCUUGUAAAGAGAAAGGAACUCUUGCAUCCCUAGAGUCUAUGCUUCUCGAGGUUGCUAGGGUACGCCUUCAUGGGUUCUCAGAGCGUGAAAUAUCUGUUGUUCGGGCUCUCAUGAUGUCCGAGAUUGAAUCUGCUUAUCUGGAACGCGAUCAGGUCCAAUCAACUAGCUUGCGGGAUGAAUAUAUACAGCAUUUCCUUCACAAGGAACCUGUUAUUGGGAUUGAAUACGAAGCACAACUUCAGAAGACUCUUCUACCCCAAAUAUCGGCGUCAGAUGUGUCCAGAUACUCUGAAAAGUUAAGAACAUCAUGCGGCUGUGUGAUAAAAUCAAUGGAACCUAAAUCUGCUGCUACUAUUGAUCAUAUGAGAAAUGUUGUCUCAAAGGUUAAUAGUCUGGAAGAAGAAAAGAUGAUUGCUCCAUGGGAUGAGGAAAACAUUCCAGAAGAAAUUGUCAGUGAGAAGCCAACUCCAGGGGAUAUUACGCACCAGCUUGAAUAUCCAGAAGUUGGAGUUACAGAAUUGACAUUAUCAAAUGGAAUGCAAGUUUGCUACAAGUCCACAGACUUCUUGGACGAUCAGGUUCUUUUUACCGGGUUCUCAUAUGGAGGACUAUCUGAACUCCCCGAGAGUGAUUACAUUUCAUGUUCAAUGGGAUCAACAAUUGCUGGUGAAAUUGGUAUGUUUGGUUAUAAGCCAUCAGUACUUAUGGAUAUGCUUGCUGGUAAGAGAGUCGAAGUUAGUGCAAGACUUGGACCUUAUAUGAGAACGUUUUCUUGUGAUUGUUCACCCACAGACCUUGAAACUGCUUUGCAGCUUGUAUAUCAACUUUUCACUACAAACGUGAUGCCACAAGAAGAAGAGGUUGGAAUAGUGAUGCAAAUGGCUGAAGAAUCAGUCCGUGCUCGAGAAAGAGACCCUUAUACUGUCUUUGCUAACAGAGUGAAAGAACUGAAUUAUGGAAAUUCAUAUUUCUUUAGGCCUAUUCGGAUUAGUGAACUCAGAAAAGUUGACCCGUUGAAGGCAUGCGAAUACUUCAACAGUUGCUUUAGGGAUCCAUCAACUUUCACAGUUGUGAUUGUAGGGAACCUUGAUCCUACUAUCGCGCUUCCUCUAAUUCUUCAGUAUCUGGGCGGAAUACCUAAGCCUCCUCAACCAGUUCUCAACUUCAACCGUGAUGACCUCAAGGGCUUACCAUUCACUUUCCCUACAAAGAUAACAAAAGAAUUUGUACGAAGUCCAAUGGUGGAAGCCCAGUGUUCAGUCCAGUUAUGCUUUCCUGUCCAGUUAACAAAUGGAACAAUGAUCGAAGAAAUCCACUGUAUCGGCUUUUUAGGCAAACUCCUAGAGACCAAGAUAAUCCAGUUUCUCAGGUUCGAGCACGGGCAGAUUUAUUCUGCUGAAGUCUCUGUGUUUCUUGGCGGGAAUAAACCUUCUAGAACUGCGGAUUUACGUGGUGACAUCAGUGUUAAUUUUUCAUGUGAUCCAGAAAUCUCCUCUAAACUGGUUGAUUUAGCUUUAGAAGAAAUUGUACGGCUUCAAAAGGAAGGCCCUUCACAGGAAGACAUUUCAGCUAUCCUUGAAAUCGAACAAAGAGCUCAUGAAAAUGGCAUGCAGGAAAACUAUUACUGGUUAGACAGGAUUAUACGUGGAUAUCAAUCAAGGGUUUACGCUGGCGAUUUGGGCGCCUCUUGCAAGAUUUUAGAAGAAGGGCGUUUGCGAAUGAGAGAGUCACUUGCACCACAAACAGCACAAGCUGCAUUACAGCGAAUCCUUCCUCACCCGUGCAAGAAACAGUACACUGCUGUUAUUCUCAUGCCGCAGAGAUCUCGUUUUGGAUUUCUUUCAUCUAUCUUUAGUUCACGAUCCGAGGGCCCUUAUAUCCGUGAUACCAAGAUUUUGGCUGGCAUUGCGGGAUUGGGUGUUGUUGUUUUUGGCAUCUGGAGAUACUCUCGCAAGUAG